AGCACUAAAGUGUAGCCCACAAAACUGCAAUAUAUCAAAAUGAGUUCUGAUAUUCCUACUGAGCAUCAGCUUCCGAAAGUUGAUUUCUCCAUCUUCGGCUCGGACCCGGGAAGCACCUCUUGGGACUUGGUUCGUGGCGAUGUCAUGGCCGCCCUCGAAGAGUAUGGAUGCUUCGAGGCCGUGUACGAUCAGCCCCUCGACCGCGAGCUUCACACCAGUCUCUUUCGAGCAUUGAAAGAGCUAUUCGAUCUCCCGGUGGAGACCAAGAGAGGUUUCACCGACACCAAGAGACCAUACUGCGGCUACCUCGCCAGCCUCCCUUUCGCCCCAGGGUAUCAGGCAAUGGCGAUCGAUGGAGUCCUCGACUCUCCGGCUAUUCAGAACUUCACGGAUCUCAUGUGGCCCGAAGGGAAUGCGAAAUUCUGUGAGAUUGUGCAGUCCUAUUUAUCGAAGGAAUCAGAACUUGAGAGGAUGGUGAAGAGAAUGAUGCUGGAGGGAUUGCAGCUGCCAGUAGACAAAUAUCGCGAUCUCAUUGAAAAGGCGAGCUAUUUCCUCCGGAUGACGAAAUAUGAAGCGCCCAAGAAAGGAGUGACUCAGCAAGUUGGCGGAAUCAGUCAUAACGACACCAGCUUCGUGACCAUUAUUCGCCAGGACGGAUCGGUGAACGGUCUGGAGAUCAAGGCCAAGGAUGGCCAGUGGUUUAGGGCAACUCCUUCAGCUUCCUCCUUCAUAGUCAUGUUAGGAGAUGCAAUCCAAGGAUGGUCCAAUGGGAGGUUGUACAGUCUGUUGCACCGGGUGAUGAUGAGCGGGACUCGGGCAAGGUACUCCAUCAGCCCGUUCUCGACGAUGAAAGGUGUGAUUCGGUGCCCCGGAGAGCUGGUCGAUGAACAACACCCCUUGCUUUAUAAGCCCUUUGAAGAAAUCGAUCUCUUGCUAUUAUCUCGCGUACACGAGACUGAAGAAGGUUGGGAACAUGAGUCUAUUCUUAGAGCUCGAUAUCUUGUGUGAGAAGAAAGAAACUAGUUCUGGGUUUGAUUUCUUUUCCUUGGUUUCUUUGUCUGUAUGGAGGUUCA